AACCAAUGUGAUCCUAAGUACAAAGAAGUCUGACAAAUUGCUCAAUUUGCUCAUUACAUUCCUCCAAGAGUGCUAAAAGAAUAAACAUGACACUUAAGUGCUCCUAUCGAAGCCGGUGCAAUACAAUUGUGCUUCUGAUGCUUCUGCAUAUUGGCCAGAAAUUCUACGGCAGUGAAGCUAGCGUACAAUUUGAUCAUCCGACUGUAGAUAAUGAACUUAAUUUAAGUGAGGCACAUCAGAAUAAAAUGAAACAAGUGGAUUUACCAACGGACCAGAAACUUAUUGUACGCUUGCCAUCCAAUACACUGCUGAAGUACACCUCUUAUAAGGAUGUUUCAAUACUUCACUUUCGAGUUCCAUCGGACUCACGAGCUGCAUAUUUUACUUUCAAGGCAACUGAAGAAUCUAAGAGUUCGUUUCAAAGAAAGUGCAAAGCUAAGGAUGUCACACUACAUUUAAAGGCAAACAGUUUACCUGUGAUAAGUCCGGAAAACAUUACCUUCCCCAACAAUUUUGUAAACUCCGAGCAAAGAUUCAAAGUAUAUAACCUGCAGUUUCAGUCCGAUGCGCAGGAGCACCGCAUUCAUAUACAGGGACCCCAAUUGGGCAGUUGGUUUGCUGUGGCUUUUAUCAGUUGGACAGAUCCAAAUAAUGAUCGCAUUGAACAACAAGGACUUUCCGCGUCAUGCGAUACUGUGCUUCUGGGCGAAUUAUCUGUAUCUCGCUUCUCACCGACAAUCGUAAAUGACGGACAAGUUGAGACCGGAAAUCUAACCGGUACAUUUAGCUCUACCGAAAAACAGAGACUAAAAAAUAUAAACAAUACUAAAAAAAUACACCCAACUAAAAUCAAACAAAGCCAAAAGAGGCAGCAACAGUUAAAUGUAGAAAUUAAAAAUGUGACGCGAAUACAAAAUGAUCCGCUUUCAAGGCUGGAGAUUGACGAACUUAGUUCGCCAGAUAAGGUCAAUGAAAUGAUUUAUAAGUUCUAUGUGCCCGAAGAUGUGGGCGUGGCAACGGCACUUAUAACAUUUCAAGAAGUGUGCGAAAAUUGUCCCGAAAUCGGCUUCUACACUCAGGCAAAUGCCUUCCCGCCAAUGGAUGGUGUGGAUCAAAGUGUGGAAGGCAACGAACUCAACUACGUGCACAGGCCUCACAUUAAGCCAAAUCAGACUGAAGAGAUCGCAGUUGAAUUUUAUGUGCAGCCAAACACUUGGCAUUAUGCACUCUUGAAAUUUGUUAGGCCCCCAAAUACAGGCGAAGAAGACGCUGUAGACUUGCAACCAGUUAAAAGAUUGCGGCAAGAAAAUGGUAAAGAUGAAAAGGACUACAAUGUUGCGUAUACGCUGUGUAUACUUUAUAAGGAGAUGGAGCCACUUAAUAAAUCUACAAAGACUCUGGGGCAGCCAGCUAAGCUCUCGGAGACUGAAAAUGCCUGGCAGCCAAAACGUUUUCGCGGAAUGGAUUUUUAUCCGCUGCUGCGCCAGAGUUAUCACGAAUUUUUUAUGUUUGACUAUGAUUUGGUGCCGGAUGCCAACGGCACAGUUCCAGCACUACUUAACCUAACGGCCCAAUCUGCAGUCGGAUUCGCCUUUGAGCUGGGCGAGGUUUACGACACGGGCGGCACUUUAACCUUUGCCCUGUCCAUGAAGCACGAUCUGCGUUUCAGGAGCGAGUUGAAAGCAGCGCCAACGACAUCUCCAUCGGAACGGGGUGGAAUCCUUGCAGAGAAGUUGGUUAGCGAUCAAGAGGACGGAGCGGGAUUGCCGAUAGCCAAGGAUCAACUGUCGAAAUUGGCUCAAGGAAACCAGAGCAUGCAAAUUAUUGUGUGUAUGCACCACGGAGUUCCGGGCGUACCCACCUGGCCCGACAAAUGCCGAUAUGGUCAGCGACUUAUGCCUGCCACUAGUUUGGUCAAUAACACAGAUGCCACGGGUCUAAUCCACGUUCCCUUUCCGGAAAGUGGUCUCUGGUAUGUUACUAUGAGGGUGUACUGCCCUGAAGCAGACACUGCACGGGCGACUAUAAUUGACAGUGUCAAGGAAUUUGUACGGACCCACUCCGAUCUGCUUUUGGAGAUGCGAAGUCCUUGCGCCUGCGCUGGUAAUGCUGAACGGUAUGAGAAGUGCAUCAAGUCCAAGGAUUGCUUGGCCGGCAUGAACGAGACGGAUACGCUGAAGGUAAAGGAAUGUAUUAUGGAUUACAAGUGCACCGAUGACUAUCUGAAGAUGACGCAUCUCUUUCAAAUACACCACAAGUCUGCGACGGAGCAGCACUUCGCGGACAACUGCAGCACCUCGGUGAUCUUCUCGGUAGCAUCGAGUCCAUGUGUUGCCGGACGAUGUGGUCGAUUUGGCCGCUGUUACAAUUAUAUGUCCGGCGGAUUUGUAUUUUCCACAUGUGUCUGCAUGAAGGGUUACCGUGGCUGGGAUUGCACCGAGGAUUCGCAAGUGCCCUCGAGCAUGUCCAUUCUGCUGGCCACACUGCUGCUCACGCUGAGCAACCUUCUCUUCAUUCCGAGUAUUUAUUUGGCCAUUAAGCGUCGAUACUUUACCGAAGGCAUCAUCUACUUCUUUGCCAUGUUCUUCUCGAUUUUUUAUCACGCCUGCGACUCCGGCGAAGAUGAGUACAGUUUCUGUUUGGUCAAGAUCGGAGUUCUUCAAUUCUGUGAUUUCUACUGUGGUCUAUUGGCCAUUUGGGUCACACUAAUUGCCAUGGCCCAUGUUCCACAGCAGUUUGUGUCGUUGCUUCACAUGUUUGGGGCCAUUCUCCUAGCAUUUGGCACCGAACUCAACAAACAGAGCCUGUGGGUAUUUCUAGCCCCUGCUCUGACAGGCAUUUGCCUCAUUUCAGUUAGUUGGGGAUUGAAAUGCUCAAAGACCCGUAAGUGCUUUCCAGCGCGGCAUUAUCUGAUCAUCUUUAUGCCGCUGGGGAUGGUCCUGGUAAUGGUUGGCCUGGUCUGUUACGCCUUUCUCCAGACCAAACAGAACUAUCACAUUGUGCACUCGAUCUGGCACAUGGUCAUGGCGAUGAGCAUCAUGUGCCUGCUGCCCGCACCACAGUCUUUUGUUCCGAAGGGCUAGCAUUCGGAUUUAUCGAGGGAGAUUCUCAUAUGGAAUAAAAGGUAUUCCUAGCUCUGCAGCUGAUGUACCUCACAUUUUUAGAAAACAACAAUCCUUGCACUAGGUCUUGCAACUGUUCACUAGUAAUAAGCUAUACCAUAUAAGUAAUGUACGAUAUUAAAGCAGUAGUUAACAAAUUACUAUAAUUUAUAAUUAUAAGCCUCCUUUGAAUUUAUAAGUAUGUAUGUAUCAAAAUCGAAUUUUCAUAGUGAAGGAAAAUAGAAUGGGAUUCUAAUUUAUUUAUUUAAUCAAAUCUAAAUCCUGUCCACAAGCAUUAGAAGAUUAAACACAUAAAGUGU